AUGAGUCGGCCUGUGGUCGAAAAGCUAGCUCGGACUGCGCUUCGCAGCGGUGUGGCUCCAUCGACAUCGUCAAAGCGGAGCAUCGCGCAUCGUGCAGCGUUUGCAUCGACCUCCUGGCGAGCAUCCUCGUCGUCCUCGACCUCGUCACCCUCUUCUUCGGCUACAUCAUCAUCCGACGCAACUCCCAGCACUUCCUCCAACGACCACCGCUCGAUCGGAAAGUCUCAAACCCUCUUCCUCACACACGACUCUUCCCCCGGCACCCCUUUCAUCCUCCCGCACGGUAUGCGUCUCGCUCGCAAAGUAGAACGCGUCGUACGCGACCUCUACGACGUCUACGGCUACGACGAAGUCCAAUCCCCGCAGCUCUACAAGACUUCGCUCUGGAAACGUUCCGGACACUGGGACAACUACCGCGACGAUAUGUUCGCCGCCGAAGGGUACAAGGAACGCUUUUCUUCUGCGACAACGGAUCGUCCAGCGUCGUCAGGGUGCUGUUCGAUACAAUCUACAGAGGCAGCGGAGGACGAAACGUUUGGGUUGAAACCGAUGAACUGCCCGGGACACUGCUUGAUAUUCGCGUCCGCGGAGAGGUCGUAUCGAGAUCUACCGAUUCGGUACGCGGAGUUCUCCCCGCUGCAUCGGAACGAAGCUUCGGGGGCACUUACGGGGUUGACGAGAGUGAGGAGGUUUCAUCAGGACGAUGCGCACGUGUUUUGUCGACCGGAUCAGGUCUCGACGGAGAUCAACUCGAUGCUGUCCAUGUUGACCAGUGCGUACGAUACGUUUGGGUUCAGCGACUUUGAACUAGUUCUCUCCACAAGACCCGAGUCGUUCAUCGGAAGCAUAGACGAAUGGGAUAAGGCCGAGUCGGGGUUGAGGGAAGCACUCGAUUCCAGCGGUAGGACCUGGUCGUUGAACGCUGGAGAUGGGGCUUUCUACGGACCCAAGAUCGACAUCCGUCUCGUCGACGGUCAAGGUCGAAGGCAUCAAACCGCAACGAUUCAGCUCGACUUCCAACUACCCCGACGAUUCGAUCUUUCGUACGCCGAUCCGCACUCCCCCUCGACCAACGAACGCAGCGUACCCGUCAUGAUCCACCGCGCUAUCCUCGGCAGCGUAGAGCGAUUCAUGGCCAUCCUCAUCGAACAGACCUCCGGCUGGUGGCCCUUCUGGCUCUCCCCGCGUCAAGCCAUCGUCAUCCCUGCCACCACCAACUCCCCUGCUCUCCUGCAGUACGCCGAGAACCUAUCCAAAUACCUCUCCCUCGGCAUCCAUCCGGAUUCUCCACCCCAAGAAUCUGCUUCGCGCCAUCUGCAGCGCUUCUUCGUAGACGUAGAAUCCAACCCGCAAAACGAAAAACUCGGAAAACUCGUCAGAAAAGCCCAACUCGCAAGAUACAACUACAUCCUCGUAGUCGGUGAAAGAGAGAUGCAGACAAACACCGUCAAUGUUAGGAAACGAGAUGAUAAGGCUGCCCCUUCGCGGCUGAGGGAGUUGGCGGAGAAGGGAGCGGAGGGAGAGAAACUUUCCGGUCAGUUCGAGCCAAAGCAACUGCGAGAGUUGUUUUGCAAGUUGGACUCGAGUCAUGCUUGGUAG